UCACCACUGCUGCUCUCCAUCCAGCUAUCUCUUAUCUUUUAUUCUCUCUUUCUCUAUCCAUCACUCCCCUGAUUUUUAUUCUUUCUCCUCUUCUGUACACUUGCUUCCUGUUUUCUCUUUUCAUUUCUACCUCAAGUUCUUUUUCCACUCUCCCCUUUCUAUAUCAUCACUAAAUCCACUCUUCUUCUCUCCAUACGUACUCCUGAGCCUGAGUGUGCAGCACCUGUGCAGACUGGAGUUUGUCGGGCCGAGGCAGAAGGUUUUUUUUUUUUUUUUAUUUUGUGUGUGUGUUGAACAGGGAAGGGAGGGGAGACAACACCCAGGAACACCUGACCAACAUUUCAUCAAGAUAUGUGGAGUCUUAGGAACUGAUCUCCUCCUUCAGCUUUUCCCAAGCUGUUUGUUUAUCUGUUUUUUAUUGCAACACCUGGAAUGCUUAACGUGGACUGAUGGAUGUUUCCGAACUGUGCAUCCCUGACCCUCUCUGCUACCACAACCAGUUACUAACCAGAAUGCCCUCUGAGGACCGACACCUUUCCUCAAGCUGUGGUUCUUACGUCAAAACCGAGCCCUCCAGUCCUUCCUCCUCUCUAGUCGACACCGGCAGCCACCACAGUCCCAGCGGCAACUCUGACGCCAGUGGCGGCUACGUGAACGGCAGCAGCGUACGCUCACACACCCUGGACUCCCCGCCAAUGUUCAACCCAGGCAUGCUCGGAGGUGGCGGCGCCUGCCUACGCCGCUAUGAGGAGUGCUCCGGCAGCAUGGCGGAUGACUCACCAAUCAAGUGCGAGUACAUGCUCAAUGCCAUUCCCAAGAGGCUGUGCCUGGUGUGUGGCGACAUUGCCUCAGGGUACCACUAUGGGGUGGCCUCCUGUGAGGCCUGCAAAGCCUUUUUCAAAAGGACGAUACAAGGGAAUAUUGAGUACAGCUGUCCGGCCACCAACGAAUGUGAGAUCACCAAAAGGAGACGCAAAUCAUGCCAGGCCUGCCGCUUCAUGAAAUGUCUUAAAGUUGGCAUGUUGAAAGAAGGUGUGCGUCUGGACCGGGUGAGAGGGGGGCGGCAGAAGUACAAACGAAGGUUGGAUGCAGAGAAUGGCUCCUAUCUCGGCCUCUCCAUCCCCCCUCCAGCCAAAAAGCCACUGACAAAAAUCGUUUCCCAUCUGUUGGUGGUGGAGCCAGAGAAGAUCUAUGCCAUGCCUGACCCCACCAUGCCCGACGGAGACAUCAAGGCCCUCACCACGCUGUGCGACUUGGCCGACCGCGAACUGGUGGUCAUCAUCGGCUGGGCCAAACAUAUCCCAGGUUUUUCCACUCUGUCGCUGGCAGACCAGAUGAGUCUACUGCAGAGCGCCUGGAUGGAGAUCCUGGUGCUGAGCAUCGUGUUUCGCUCCCUGCCCUGCGAGGACGAGAUUGUGUACGCAGAGGACUAUGUGGUGGACGAGGAACAGGCGAGGAUCUCAGGCCUGCUGGACUUGCACGUUGCCAUCCUGCCGCUGGUCCGACGCUACAAGAAGCUGCGCAUGGAGAAGGAGGAGUUUGUCACGCUCAAAGCCAUCGCCCUUGCCAACUCAGACUCCAUGCACAUAGAGAAUAUCGAGGCCGUCCAAAGGCUCCAGGAUUCUCUCCACGAGGCCCUGCAGGACUUUGAGGGCUCUCAGCACCCGGAGGACCCUCGACGGGCAGGCAAGCUCCUAAUGACCCUGCCUCUGCUCCGUCAGACGGCCACCAAGGCAGUCCAGCACUUCUACAGCAUCAAAAUGCAGGGCAAAGUCCCCAUGCACAAACUAUUCCUCGAGAUGUUGGAAGCCAAGGCUUGACACCUGGGCCAGAUGUUUGACAGACAGCUGCAUCACCCAGGCAAGGCGAGAGACAGCCCAUAAAAAUAAAGGCGGUGUGCCAACUGACAGUGAAAGGAUGAAGCUUUGGACUACUGAGUCAUUUUAACACUUUUAAAUGGUAAUAAAGAUAAAAGAAAAAGGAACUUGAGAUGGUUUAAAAAGGGUGAAUAUCAACCUGAUUGAUGUGGGAUCAUGAUGAUGUAUAUAAAGAUAUUGUGUACAGAAAUCAGGCAACCGAGGUCUUGUUAUAACCAGAGACCCAUUGCUCUAUAUCACCUGAAGCUUCUGUGAAUUUGUUUCUUAUCUUAUUUUCAUCUCAAAAUGGAAGUGUGUUAAUAUAAAUGUCCUAAAGAACUGUGCGGCUACGCAGCCACAUUAUGUGUUUUUGUUUCUUUCUUUCAUAUUUUCUAAUCUCAGUUGUUAAAGCAAUAGUCUCUAACUGGUCUACAUAUAAUAUGUGUACUGUAUAUUGUGUGAAAUUGCACUGGGCGGGGGGAGAAUUGUUAGACAUAUUCUUAUAUUCGUCAUCAAAGAAAGCGCCACCCACCAUGACGGGUAUGUAAGAUUCUCGACUUCCUCGUAAUUGUAUUUACCUCAUAGUAGCUUCAACGACUCAGUGGUUAUAGUCAACUUGGUGCUUACAGAAGGACAGUGGUUGGCUAGUGAUCAUCGUUCACAAAGAGUUUGCACUAAGCAUCUAUGAAUAACGUGGCAAUAAUGGGUUGUACUAGCGAGCUCUGUCUGGUAGCGUCUGGGUCAGUGGUUUUUGCUUCUAGAGACUCACUCAUCACUUCCUCUCUCUGUGUUAAGUGUCAUACAGAAAUAUUGGCAACCAGACAUACUGUGAAACACACACACACGAUAAGCUAUAUUCUGUGCUGAGAAUUUUUAAACUAAACUGUGCGGCUUGUCAUGAAAAGUUUAUUUUAUGUAAAUAUAGACAGAGGGCACAAUAGCAGCAACAUCUAUGCAACUUAAUGCAAUCUGAUACGCCCUGAUAGCCCUGCAAUAAAUACUACCUUUGUAAAGAUUGUAAUGUUCAGUUUGUGUCACAUAGGUGCUGGUUCAACUCUAUGUUUGCUUUUGAGCCUAUAGGUUGUGAUGGUGCUGUAUUAGAUUGCAAUAUAUUGUAUAGGUUUUGCUUUUUCUUGUGUCCACGAACCCGCUCUUUGUUUAGGUUGUACUCGCAAACAACAAGUGUCACUAUAUUAAUAGCGUUAAGUCCCACAGCUGAUUACGUCAGUCCUCAGUCGUAUGUGAUACCAAAGUAUGUCUACUAGCCUCGCAUAUCUGAACUGCUCUCUCUCUCUCUCACUCUCUCUCUCUCUCUCUGAAUAUCUUUGGACUGUUGUCAGACAAAACAUUUGUCGACAUGACCUUGCGCUGUGGGAAAUUAUGACAGGCAUUUUUCACUCUUUAAAGACUUUAAAAGACAAAACAAUUAGUCGAUUCAUCAAAAAAUAAUCAGCAGAUUAAUCAUUAAUGAAAAUAAUCAUUAGUUGCAGCCGUAAUUGGGCAUCAUUUCUCCACUUUUAUCAUGUUUUCCAAAUUUGAAAGGAUAUCAGCGAGGCUAGAACUUGCCCUGACAUAAACAGCCAGUAGAGGUGUAUUGACGUGUGAGUACACGCGGCUGCCGCAGCUGAAUCUCGACAAACGAUAUGUUUCCUUGAGAAAUAAUUUUUCCUUUUUUUUAAGGUGGCAUCCUUUUAAACCUGUUUGGAUGUAAGACUAUAACAGAUGACUAGUUAAAAUGUUUGUGUGCAACAAUAUAAUGACACCUGUGUUUCUGAGAAUAACUUGAAUUGCACUCUGAAUUAAAACUCAACGUCAAUAAUGACUUUAAUAUUAUCAGACUUCAGAUUACGGCUCACUGAUGUUCUGUAUCAGUUUUUGUUUUUAGCUCAUCUUUAAUGAAGGUGCUAAUCAUUCAGACUGACACUGUACUCUGUGUACAUCUCUACAAACACUGACACACUGGUGCACAGGCUACAAUACUAUAAUAAAUGUGUAUAUUCCAGAAGUGAUGAUAGACUUUUAGAUCGAUCGUAAACCAGUUGCCAAAUUAUUCAAAGAAAGCAACGAGAAUAAUGUGACACAGUUAUCAACAUAUUUCUUCCUGUCCUGAUAACCUGAGCAGGUUGGAUGGAACAUGUUAUCAUAAGAUCAGAAUAAUACCAUAAUAGAUUAAUCAGCUGCUCUUAGGAUUUUAGUGAGACAGAUGUUGUCCCUUGUGAACACUUUAAAGCGGCCGUGUCUUUAAAGUGUGAAGUGCCAUUAGCUUCUGCCCAAACAAGAAGAAAACAGAAAGACAAGUGACCAGUAACUACAGACAAUCCCCGCAGGAACAGACACUAUUGAUUCACUGUAAUGUAAUGCAUAAAUAAUUAUAACCCAAUACAGUAGAGGAUAUAAUUCCCAUGAUGCACUUCCCCAUAUGUAUAACCAGCUAAUCCAUUCCCAAUUGAAAUUAGGGAUGCAUCACCUCUGUGCAGUAGCAAACCAAAGCAUUGUGUGUUCAAACCAUUGAAAAUGAAACACACGUAACCGUGGCUAAACAGCAGCCAGCUGUUUCCACAUAAACAAAUGGAUGUUAUUUACAGUAAUUUAUUAAUAGUAAUACCUUCAUUCUGAUGAGCAUCCAGAUGUGUGUCCAUUCAUUUUGAGCUGUUUCUAAACCUACGUUGAUGAUCACUUAUUCACACCAGAGUCUGUGUGGAGCCAAGUUAAAGGCGAGUGCUUCAACAAGCUCCAUCUGUUCACGUUGUGCUGGUUGUGUGAAGUGUUAAUGAACACGUUCUGGCACAAAACUUGACCACCACACACAAACAGACCUGAUCAGAGUUCGGUCACGUAACUCCUCUGUGCACUUUGAAGACUGAUAGCAGAUAAUUGUUUCCCAACUUUCCCAUCGCCGAAAUUAAUAUAAGAAAAUAAAAGAAAAAUCCUUAAUUUAUUUUCAGAGAUCUAAAACGGUUCUACUACAUCCAAUUAAUUCUAAUUGUCUCCUAAGCUGAAAUUCUCAAUAGAAAUGGAGCAAUUAAAUUUCUGCUUUGGCUCUACCUUGGGGACAAGAGUCGUUUUAUUUCGGUUGACGGUGGGGAGGGUUUGUCUAAACCUUUACAAAGGCGAUUUCACGGGUGUCUGUAAUAGUUUCAUAACAGAGCGAUCACUGGGCUAUGCAAGGCAAAUAUGGCCACCUAUGUUCCUUGUGUUGUGGAGCAUCAGACUGACAUUUAGUUGUGCUUUGUUUACAAUGUGGACAUACUGUACAGUGCUGUACACGGCAAAUGUGUUGUGCAUAUUUCACUAUACUAUACUGUGGCUGCUGUGCAUUGAUCUAGCAAUGAUCGUUUGUUUAAUUUGCCUGUUUACUGAAUUUUUGUCAUGAUGUAUUGGCAACUUCAACAUGACUUUAGAGUCCACCUGAAUAGCUGUAUAAUACAAAUGACUGUAUUGAGUCAAAGGGUAAUUACUCAAGUGAGAAUAAGUCCAUUAUGUUAAUCUAAGACGGGAUGUUCUCUUAUUUUAUUUUGGUUUUCCGUGUCUUUGUGUCUCUCAACGCUGAAACACACGCUCUUGAGUUAUCAUCGAUUUUGAUUAUCAGCACAGCAGGACAUAUAACGAGUGAAGUCAUCUAGACCCUAUACCUCAAUUCAUAUUUUGAAAAUUACACUGGGUUUGGAAGCGGGCCAUGGGUUCCUCCUGGGAAUCAGUGGCACAGAAAUAAAGUGACAUCACUGACUGGGUAUUAAAAAAAAUGUAGAUGAACCUACUGCAAUUGGGGAACACAUUCCUCGGAGGAGAAAGCUGCUUAUUCGCUGUUCCAUUUGCGGACUUAUCUUAUCUCCAUGCACUCUGAGAUGACGAGAUUUACAUAAAACAUGGACAUCUCUGGCCGUUCUGGGCUGCGGCGUAUAAGGACCCUGCUCGGUGUAUGUACCAUAGACAUGUGAUUACCCAAGAGUUUUGUUCCCCUCAAAAGCAAUAUGUUAGCAAUUGUGAUAUAUGAAUCAAGUUAAUAGGAAGCUUUGGUUCAUUUUAAUUGUAAACUUGCCCUAUGCUCAGAACUAGACAGGGUAACUAUGCACACAUGUUCACAGCGCUCGGGAGACAAAAAGGGAAAAAUGUGAGAAGUGAGAAGCAGAAAGCCAACCACAGAUAGAUUUCACUGGACAGUAUUGUGUGCCAUUUUCUUGUGUUUUGUUUGUUGUGUUCAUGCCUACUGUACCCAUGUGUAAAUAUAUGCUUUUUUGGAGUGAGUCAGAUCGAACAGUGCACUGAAUGUACAGUGACAAUAAAAAUCACAUGGUUUAUGUAACCACUGCAAAUGAUUUCUUUUAACAUCUUCAAGUCACUGAAUGUGGAAAGAAAUCUAUCUAUAAAAUCAGUCAACUCA